ACGUGACGCGCGGGCCGCUCCGGGGCCGCCCCGCAGCGAUGGAGGCGCGGGAGCCGCUGCGGGACGUGCGCGGGGCGCUGCGGGCGGUGUUGGCGCGGCUGCGAGAGGGAGAGCCCGGCGAGGGCCGAGAGCCGUUCGAGCUGCCGCGCUUCUGGGACGCGCUAGGUCAGACAUUCCAAGUAACAUCACAGGAAGCUACAAAGCUGAGUCUGGCAUUCUCAAGGCCUCCACUACCUUCUUCAGAGGAUUGCCAGAAGCUGAGUGAGGAUGUCCAAAAUGCCAUUCUUGCAGUUGCCACAGUGUACUACUGGCUCCCCAAGAGCCAAGGUACUACUCUUCGGAAGAUGGUUCGAGAUGCUACCACUGAAGUAGUGGAGGGGAUGAUCCAACUCACAGACACCAUUCUCAAUGCUCCAGUGGAGAGCUUGUCUCAGGAACAGCUCAUAUCAACUGGAGGUGUGUGGGAGGCCUGUGAGCAAGUGUCUAAGCUGCCACGAGAUAACCAGGCAGCAGUUGUGUCGGCUCUGGCUGCAUGUCUAGGUGUGGUUAAGGAUGCUGUGGAAGAGAUGGAACAUGCACUGGUGGAGGGGCAGGAUCCCUAUGGGGACAUCAUGGAAGAUGAAGAGCUGGGCUUUCGGGGCAACAGAGACACAUAUUGGUCAGAGGCUGACCGGCAGCUGCUCAGCUCCUGCAUGGGAUUAAUGAAGGCUUCUAAAGCUUGCCUGAAGAAGGUCUUGGCUGCAGUGAAGGCCCAUGGCAAAGCUGAAUCGCCAGAGCAGAUUGCUCAGCUGGAUGACCUGGCAGACAUUGCUAAUGAGAUCAGUCCAAGUGUUGAUGAGCUGGCACUGAGCAUGUACCCCCCUGUGAACCCCUUGGCUGUGCGACUUAAUGCUGCUAAGUUGACCUCAGUAUUAAAGAAAGUCUUAGAGAUUGCAAAGACAAGCCAUGUAUGUCCACCAUCAGAGGAAGGCUGGGUGCAGUUUCUUACUGGUGCAGUAGAUCACAACAUGAACAAAGUCAAGAACUUCACACAGGGUCAACUUUAGCUCUUCUGUGCCUACGCGUGUUGCUGCCACUGGCUAUGGCAUCUGCAUUUCCAGUGAACUUUGCUGUUCUUCAGCUGCUUGGAGAAUGAUGAGAACAAUGUAGGAGAGAGCUUUACUGCUGCUUGGAAAAACUUCUCCAGGAAGCUGCCCUUUUGCCAUUGCAGAAGGUGUCAUUUUGCUUGGAUUCUUGGGAUGAUGCAGUGCUGCAUCUUAAUGUGCCCUGUUCUUCAGACAUUACAACUACUGUGGGGUUCCAAGAAAAAUAAAAUAUUGCUAGAUUUA